AUGUCUUCUGAUAACUCUACCUACAACAAAACCACUGGUCAAUACCACUCGACCAAGGGCAACGUCGUUGAGGCAAUUGGCAAUGCUACUGGCCUAGAAUCAUGGCAAAAGUCUGGCAAGGAGGAGCAUGCCGCUGGUGAAGCCGAGUACAAAGCUGCUCAGGCCCAAGAAUACGUUGAAGGCACGGCCGACCGUGUGCAGGGCAAGGGCGAGGCUGUUUGGGGCGCCGUAACCGGCGACAAGACGCAACAAGCCAAGGGCAACCUUCGACAUGAUAAGGGCCAGGCUCAGCAAGACAUAAACAACUUCUGA